AAAACAAGCAAUAUGUCUUCUUCAGACGAAGAAUUAGAUGCCGUUCUUGAGCUCCCUGAGUUAGGAAGAACGCAUAGUCAGGUCCAAGUAUAUGAGAAUCUGUUUGGAAAUCUUAACGUCCCACUUCAGAGAACCCACUCUUUGAUGUCAGAUAUCCUUGAGGAAGAAUCUGAGAUCCAGUCCUUACAGAUGGAAAUAAAUGAGAGUGUGAAUUUUGUACAGAAAGAAAUCAAGCAAGUUGAGGAUAAGUUCAAAGGGCAAGAGGAAAAGCUGUCCUCUGCCAAACAAGGGGUCAGAGAGAAGUUUAAGAAAAAGAAACAGGAUCUUCUUAAGAAGAUUAACAAUGCAAAGACACGUAGGCAAUUUGAUAAAAUAACAUUCUACCUUGCUCUGAUUAUGAUUCAGUACAAAUCUUUUGUGCUGGGUAUGAACCCAGACAAUGGCGUGUACAUCCUAAAUCUUAUUUUGCUCGUACUUCUGCUAAUCUGGAGGAAUAUUACCUAUAGAUUGGAUAACUCUCAUUAUUACAUGAUGGAGUUCUGCUAUUUUGCUAAUGUUAUCUUGUACACAUUUAUCUUCUUCUUCCCAGAGAAUAGGACUUUAUAUCUAGCCUGCUUUGCCUUCUGUUGUGGACCAGUGGGAUGGGCUCUAGCUCUUGUUGGGUGCUCUUUUGUGAUACACAAUGUCAACCAGCUGACUAGCAUUUUUAUACACUUUACUCCAAUGGUGCUCAUGAUGAAUCUUCACUGGAGAACUCAGUAUAACGAAGAUAGAGGGUGGAAAUUGUAUGAUGCUAAGAAGGAUGAGUUUGGAUGGGAAUUUAUCAAAGAUUAUUACAAAUCAGCAAUUACUGUAUAUCUUGUAUGGGCUGUUUUGUACUAUCUUCUUGUAUAUGUUAUCCUCAAAAAUAGAAUCACUGAAAGAAACUACACAACUCUUGCCAACUACCACAUUAACAAGAACAGCUCAGUUGGAAAAUUCAUAAUGAAGCUUGGGCCCAAUUACCAGGGCUUAAUGUACGUUGGCAGUCACUUUUUGAGCGUAAUGGUGAUCUUUACUGUCACUUUGGCCUCCUACUUUAAUAUGUGGGUGAAUAUUGUUAUAAUGUUCUUGGCGUCUUCGGUGAGCAUUUGGAAUGGAGCUACGUUUUAUAUGGAAUAUUUCUCGAAGAAAUAUGAGAUAAAUCUGAAGAAAUUGGAGGAGACAGAAGUAGAUACAGAUAAGUCCAAAAGCAAGAAAGAAUAAAAUUUUACUCAAAUUCAAUACU